AUGGGGCGGCCGGCCGGCAGCCUGGCCCCGCUCCGGCUGCUGCUGCUGCUGGCGCUGGGGCACGCCUGGACCUACCGGGAGGAGCCACAGGACGGCGACAGGGAGGUUUGCUCCGAAAACAAAAUCGCCACCACCCGGUACCCCUGCCUGAAACCCACGGGCGAGCUUACCACCUGCUUCAGGAAAAAAUGCUGUAAGGGUUAUAAGUUUGUUCUUGGACAGUGCAUCCCUGAAGACUAUGAUGUCUGUGCCGAAGCUCCCUGCGAACAGCAGUGCACAGAUAACUUUGGGCGAGUCUUAUGCACUUGUUAUCCUGGGUACCGCUAUGAUCGGGAGAGGCACAGGAACAGAGAAAAGCCUUAUUGCCUGGAUAUAGAUGAAUGUGCCACAAGCAAUGGGACCCUGUGCUCUCAGAUCUGUGUCAACACCAUAGGCAGCUACAGGUGUGAGUGUCACGAAGGCUAUACGCGGGAGGAGGAUGGCAAGACAUGCACCAAAGGAGAUAGAGCUGCUGGGCUUACUGAGAAAUCUGAAAAUGUGGCAAAACCAGGGACAUGCUGUGCCUCCUGUAAGGAAUUUCAUCAAAUAAAGCAGAUGGUUUUACAACUGAAGCAAAAGGUUGCUUUUCUACCAAAUAAUGCUGCUGAUCUUAGCAAGCAAAUCACUGGUGAAAAAGUGCUUGCAUCUAAUGCAUAUAUCCCCGGCCCCCCAGGCCAGCCUGGCCAACCAGGCCCUCCAGGGGCUCCAGGACCAAAAGGAAGUCAAGGAGUUCCUGGGUCACCUGGACCUCCCGGACAGCCAGGACCCCGUGGAUCAAUGGGGCCUAUGGGCCCAUCUCCAGAUAUAUCACAUAUUAAGCAGGGCAGACGGGGCCCCGUGGGUCCACCAGGAGCCCCAGGGAGAGAUGGCAGCAAGGGGGAGCGAGGUGCACCAGGACCAAAAGGGAUACCUGGCCCACCAGGUUCAUUUGAUUUCCUAUUGCUGAUGAUGGCAGACAUCAGAAAUGACAUCGCUGAGCUGCAAGAGAGAGUAUUUGGACACAGGACUCAUUCAUCAACAGAAGAGUUUCCGUUACCUCAGGAAUUUACAAACUAUCAUGACACAGUAGAUUUUGGAUCUGGAGAAGACUACAAACCAAGGGCAGCACCCAGAGACUCCAGGAUACAGAAGGCAGCCCAUCCUUAG